CUACAUAGCAUGUACAACUUAACCGAAGUGUAGAUUCAUCCACAUUAAAUGUGUUGCACAGCCACUCUCACUCCUCAGCCCUGUCACCUAGUAGUACUAUCGGCAGAGAUGCAGAAUCUCCCUGUCGAACUUCAGCUUGAAAUUGCCAGCUUCUUGGAUGUGGAGACGAUCCUUUCUUUGCGCAAGACGUGCACAUCCUUGUCUCAAUUCACCCAUGACCGCAGCUUAUGGCUCAGUUUGGUUUCUCGGAUGCCCCAUAUCCUCCCGCGGCCGCUUGCUGAGUCGGAAACUGCGACACUGUCGAGUUUGCGUUUGGAACACUUGAUCAAAACUGCAAUACACGUCGAGCAAGCGUGGCUGCUGCCGAGAAAGGACACUUUCCUCGUCAAGAAUCGAUGUGAUUCGGAUGACAUUGAAAACUCAAUCCCUCGUGUCCGGCAUCUAGCUUUCGUCUCCGACCACUAUUUGCUAUCCUUGGGCUCGGAAGGAAACAUCAACCUAUGGAAAAUCAAUGAUGUUUUUGCACCUUUCGCGGCAGAGGCUUUCGUCACCUAUGCUUCUUCAACAUGGUAUCCUUGUGCAUAUCAUUUGAACGCAGCUGGCUCUGUACUUGCCAUUGCAUUGACGCAUGUUGAACUCGUUGCCGCGAGAGUGUUAACCAUCUCUCUCGAUGCUGGUAGAUCAGGACCUCCAUUUCUAGUCACUGAAGGAGAAUUCUCAAUAUUCCCACCACAAGUCAUCAGAGCGAUUGAUGCCGACUUGAAAAUCGCUUUGCUUUCUAACACUGCCUUGUCCUUCGAAGUUGUCAACUGGGGAACCAAAGCUCAAGCUACAGUGGCCCUUCGCGCUAAUGAUGCCGGAGAUUUAUGGAAUGGUAUCACCGCCAUGCGGAUAUGUGGGCCGUAUAUCCUGGUGUUUAGAAUGCACACCGUUGAGGCAUAUCCCCUCCCCUCGCAUAUAACUUUAGGAGUUGGAGAGCGUUCCGGUAUUCUACCCCAACUCACAUUCAGAUUUCCACACACAAUGACCUAUCGCCGUGUAUCUCUCACGAAAAACACAUGUGUCGAAGACGAAGAAUCUGAAGUUUACGGGCUAUCCGCGCUUGCAAACGAUCUAUUCCAUGGAAUAUUUCAUUUUUACGUCAAGUUAACUGUGCGUCCCUUGCCUUCAUUGUCGGUCUCGCCUUUGGGAGUCCGUCCCAUGGCAGUCGCUUCACCACAAUCUGUCGCGGCGCCGCUGCCUGAAGAUUUACCGCCACCACCUGCGCCUUCAGUCCUGCCUGGAAUUGUGCAGGACACGAGAGCAUUUAUAUCAGCUUGGGCAUUGGGGGACUAUGGAAAACGCGGAAUCUGGGUAGCAAGGUCGCGGACCAGCAAGAACCGUACUGUCGUGGCAUUCACGAACCUUCGAGAUGUUGGCAAUACGUUAGGAGAAGCUCGGGCCUGGAGUAAUGAGUCACUACAGGCAAACGACAACUUAGAAAGGCCAAGGCUAAUUAAUGGCCAAGUGGUUCAUGAUAUCCCGCUACGAGAUGACAUUACAGUGUGCGCUGUCUCAGAGACUACAGGGAGAAUGGCGCUUGGAUCUUGGGCAGGAUCGAUAACUAUAUUGUGAAUUUCUUACUCUCAUUCACCAAUUUGCACACGCGUAGACUCUGUAACCAUCAUUCAUAAAAUGGCAUCCAAUUAAGGAAAGCAUAUGAUGUAAACGAAC